AUGUUAACGUUUUCAAUUCAAGAUUUUAUUUUCUUAAGUUUAUUAAUUGUCAUUUGUUAUGUGAUAGAUUUUUAUGUGAAUUAUUUUAAACGUCCAAAUAAGUUACCAGGUCCUUUACCAUUACCAUUAAUUGGUAAUUUGAUUUCAUAUAAUGAUUUGGCAGCUUGGGUAAAUGGUCUUCAAUCAAAAUAUGGUGAUAUUGGUGAAGUAUGGAUUGGUGGAGAAAGAGCCAUUUGGUUAGGUAGAGCUGAAUAUGUUGAGAAAGUUUUUAAACCUUCAUUUGGUAAUUAUAAUAAGCGUACAACUCCAAACAAAGGAUUGGAUAUAUUGGACAUGACUUCUAAAGGUUUAUUAUUCAAUAAUAAUCACAAUAAAUGGAGUUAUAAUCAAAGAUUUUUCUCAAAAGCCAUCUUAGCACCAAGUUUUGUCAGACAAAGUGUAAAGAUCACUCAAUCAUUAUUUUUGGAAAUGGAAAAAUAUUGGGAGGAUUUGAGUCAACAAAAUGGUGAAAUCAAUAUGACAGAUUGGGCUCCAAGAUUUUUUGCUGAGGCAACCUUAUUGACAACAACAAAUAAAAAAUUUGACACUCUAAAUAAUUAUCAUAAAGUUUUGUGUGCACCUGAAAAAAAUUCUGAACAAGAAAGCCUAAUUCAUCAUGUUAGAACUAUGAUUGAAGGAAUGGAAUUCUUUUUGAUGGUACCUACAUUUUUACAUGUUUUGCCAAACUACAAUAGCUCUGCCAAAAAAUUCCUUUGCAGUUUUGACUGGAUGAGGAAGCAUUACCUGUCAAAUUUGAUUAAAGAACGUAGAAAUGAAAUUGAAAAAACACCAAUUGGUCAAGAAUUGACUCCUGAUAUGUUGACCUUGAUGUUAACAUUUAAUACACCACGUGAUAAAUCACAAAAUGAUGAUCAACAUCCUGAACCAAUGGCUGAUGAAGACAUAUGUGGAAAUAUUUUGGAAGCUAUUUUAGGUGGAAUUAACACAACUUCAAGUGCAAUUUGUUUCAUUAUUUACUAUGUUUGUCACAAUCCUGAAGUAAAACAGCAUAUUGUUGAAGAAAUUCAAGAAAUCUUUGAUUUAAAUUCUGACAUUAUCUUUGAAGAUUUGCAUAAAUUACAUUAUUGUGAAGCUGUGAUUAAAGAAGUUUCACGUCACCUAACAGUAGCACCAGUGAUUUUUAGAAUGGCAGAACAUUCUGAUGAAAUAGAUGGACAUAAAUUUGAAGGUGGAUUGAGAAUGUGCCCAGGUCGAAAUCUAGCAAUGACAGAACUUAAAACUUUUAUGGUUUUAUUAUUUGGAAAAUUUAAUGUUGAAUUGAUUGAUUAUUCAGCACCUUUGAAAUCUCAUUUUGGGUUGACAAGACAUUGUGAUGAACUAAAGCUGAAACUUAUUCCUAGAAAAUAA